GUGGAAGCCACACGUGCCAGAUAUACUUGGACAAAAUUUGGUAAGGCAGCGAAAUCUGGGUCAGAUUCUGUUAUUCGGAGAAAAAUUGUUCACAGUGAAUAGAUAACAACAAUGGCUGCUAGCAUCAGCGCCGAGCUGAAAAGAGCCAACGAGACUUCUCUUGCGCUGGAUCGCGAACAGGAUGCAUUGUGGCAAGAGCUGAGCAAAUACCAGAUGGCUUGCACAGAUGACUACACUGGAGAGAUACUUUUCGAGCAAGACAGGAAACAGACUGAAAGCAACGAACUGAGGUAUAUCGCUUUGUCGACAGCACAAAACCACAUAAAACGUCUGUUGGAAAGUAGUUCGGCCAUUUUCGAGACUGCUAAGCACGGAGUUCAAGUUCUAUCGGAUACAGUCUCAUACGCAGAAGAGGAAUUUACUGAGUACAACAGAAGGAUUGAAGAAGUAAAAAAUAGAAAAAAGCAAGCUUUAGAAGUUGCCACGUGCUCGAUAAAACAAAACGAGACAAAGAUUGAAAACUUGCAUCAGAAAUGUUCUGGAAAGCAGGGUGAUUUAUCUGGUGUAGAAAAGCUGUCAGCAUUACUCCCUGAACUCAAGGUGAGUGAAAACAGGAAAUAUGAGACUGCUGCGACCGACUUCGACAGCGUCGAAAGACAUCUACAAAGCAGGACAUCUGCCACCAAUGACGUUCGCCAAUCUCUUUCAAACGUUGAGACUGAGUGUCAUAAGCUUGAGCGUUCUGCUGCUAGAGCGAAGAAAGAUCUAGAGUCACAGAAGGCGGAGAGAAAAAUGCGACAGACCCUAAUCGGACAACUAACAGAGAAAAAAGGCACUGUGAGCAAGAGAGCUGAAGAAAAACGGCAUACGUUAGAGAUGCUGCUUUGCACUCACUCUCGGGAGGAAUUGACCCACUACAAAGGCGAAAAAGAAAGCUAUUGUCAAAAACUGACUGGCAUUCAUCUUGAAAUGGCCGUACUCAGAAACAGAUUGCUGUCACAACGUCAGUACUGGCAACAGCAACUCCAGUCAGAAAUGGACGGAAUCUCAUCGAAGCUUGGCUUACUUGAGGAGGAGAUUUUUGCGAAGGAGAAAGAUUUACUUGAAUCAAAAUGUCAGCUUGAAGAGUUGAAGGAGCUUCUGAAAGGAUAUGAAGAGAGGACAGACUGGGAUGAGCAAUGGGAACAAGUUUUCAACGAUCAACUGGAAACCCAGAAACAACUUGAUUGCGAACUGGCGAAAGUUAUGGAUGAUAUAUCAUCAGCAAAUGCGGAGAACUCAAACGAAAAUGACGCAAAGGAGGAAAACUUUUUGGCUUUGGAACAGGAUCUUCUUUCAUAUGUAAAUACUUACAAUGAGGAGCGAAGAAGGAUACAGGAGCAGAGAAUGGAGCUGCUUUCCAGGUUAAAAGCAGCUCAGGAUAAAGUUGCUUGUCUCAAAGCAGCCAACACUGAGAAAGAAAAUGAACAUCAGAAGUUACUUUCCGAUGCCAAAAAACUGCAAGCGCAGAUUGAUGCUUUUGCAAACCCUCGCACUCCUGCAAAACCCGCUAGUUUAUCCGAAAGCAAAACGAAACAAACGGCCACGAGCGGCCGGCGUACUAGUCGGAAGGACGAUGAGGACAGUGAUCUUGGUUCUUCUCCUUCGGGCGUUCCUUACGUGGAAGGGCUACAACCCUUCUCUCCCGCGACUCUCUCCUUCAAAGAACAAACAAAGAAGAAACCAAGGAGGGCUAAGAGCUUGCAGGUUGAAGUAGAGAAGCCUCCAUCGGAACCAUCUCCUAGUGCACCAGCAGCUCAGAAAUCCUCAAACAAACAUGUCACUGUUAUUGAAGUUCAUAGCGAUGGGGAUGAAAGUGUUGUCGAAUCUUUGUUUGAUUUGUCUGGUAGCGAAAAAUCGUUGCCGUACGAGUCUCUGAUCACCAAAAGAUUUCCUAGGGACAUAUUUCUAGAGAAUUCCCCUUCAGUGGGCCAAAAUGAAUCUGGCUCAUCGCCUGAAGUUUCUGCCAUGGGAACUAUGGAUGCGCAUGUGAGAGAAGAUGCUGACCAGAGUAUCUGGUCAACGAUCUCGAUCAAAGCGUCUGGUAAUAGCGAAGUGAUAGUACGUGUUUGAAAAUUCUGGAAGCUGUCGUAUCACAUGAGCGGUGUAAGAUGCAAAGAUCUAGCAAUCCGCACUAUCUCUUACACCGUAACUGAUUUCAGUUGGAUACUCUGCCAUUUUUUCUGCCUAGAUUGCAUGUUGUCAAUGAUCAAAUCUUUUCGAUAUAAAGCGCAAAAAAUUUUAAAAAGUGUUUUCUAUGUGUGACAAAAUCUAUGGAACAUAAACAUUUCAAAAGUCAUGUGACAAAGUACCUAAAAUUUACGCGUUAGAGUAAAUGCUGCUCUUUAAUGAGCAACUCUUUUGUUGUAUUGUGGAACUUUUUGAUGACAAACGGAUGUUCUUUGUU